AUGGACCGAAACGAGGAAGAUUUCAGUGUGGCAGAAGAUGUAGAAGAAAGUGUGAGGAGAAGUGCAAAGAGUGACACAGGCAGAGUAGAAACUUCUCGAAAACGAAAAAGAAAUCACCGAUCCCCGACGACAUCGGAAUCUGAACAUUCUGAUGAUUUGCUAAGAAGGAAGCACGGAAGACGUAGGCACAGAAAACGUCAGCACUUGGCGAAAGCAUUUAAAGACGAAGCGGCACAGUGGUUCACAGGUAUGGAUCCCUCAGGAAAAAGCUGGGUAGAAAUACGUUCUGAGUUUUUAAGUGCGUAUGCAAAAAAUAAGAACGUUGCGUCGGAGCUGCACACGAUUUGGAUGGAAGACGCAGAGUUUACACUUGAAAAUUUUAUGAAGAAAGGGAGAAAAUUAAAAGCGUGGCUCAACGAGAGAAAAACGGUGGACGAGACUGCAGCUCAAUUUACGGGAUUAUCCUAUUCGGCGCAAAAUAGAUUCGUUUGCAACAUCUUUGUGCGAGAAUCACCUAAAAGCCUACAAGAAGCGAUGGCGUACCUUGAUGGACGAACGACCGACUUCCAUCAACCGCGUGCAUCCUCCAGAGCCCCUGGUCCACAUACUAAGACUUUGGCGCCGCGAGAUGGUAAGUCGCACCGUUUUGACAUCGAGUGCUACAAUUGUGGAAGAAAAGGACAUCGGAAGGCCGAAUGUCGAUCAGCUCUGCAGACACAGCGUGGCAGUUACUCACGGGUCAUCAAGGAACUGGACGGUAGAGGUUUGGGGCCAAAGAAGCCGAUAACCUGCUACAACUGUAAGGAAGAGGGACACAUUGCCCCGAGUUUCCCUAAGAAGAACGAGAAGGUAGUGAGGCUUUGUAAUUCUACGUCCACUGAGAAUACUCUGAAGCUUGCUGACGGUAAGAUGUUGACGUUCAUCUUUGACUCUGGUUCGGACUGUUCUCUUGUAACAGAGAGUUUGGCGGAGAGGUUGCCUGGUAAAAGACAAGUCAUUUGUACGCGUUUGAGGGGCUUAGGAAAUGGUACCGGACGAAAGUUUGUCCACAAAAAUAAUUCUGGGUAA